AGUUAGACACUAAAGUGAUUGAGAAGCUGGAUGAAGAGGCACCCGUGUUGCUUUGCGAUCUGGAGAAGAUCUUUCCUCCAGGGUUUUUUAAUCCGAUGCAACACAUGAUCCUGCACCUCGCGGAGGAGUGCUUAAAGGGGGGCCCGAAUUGGGGCCGUUGGCAGUUUGGUCCCGAGAGAGAAACACAAAAGCUUCGUCAAAUGACUGGCAAUAAAUGCAAGAUCGAAGCAUCCAUAGCCGAGGCAGUCCUGAACGUGGAGGUGGCAAACUUCACCACUAAGCACUAUGAUCCCAACAUUCCCACAAAGCACAACCCGGUCCUCCGUUACAAUGCCGCCAACAAUGAAGAAGUACCCAAGCUUAGCAUCUUCGUGGGGCUUGGUGGCAAGUCAAGUGGCUCGAAGCCGUACAGAACGGACCUACCUGAGCGGACCUUGAUCCACUCGUAUGUCUUAAACACCAUGGUCGAAGUGAAGCCGUACAUCGAGAAAUUCAAGGCUAUACAUUGGAAGAAUACCCACAGGGAGCCUACCCCGGAAGAAUCCAAGCAAAUUUUCGAUAAGGGAGGCGGUUUCGGUUUCAGUAGCUGGUUUUGUAAUUUGGUACUAUUCUAUCCAAAUUAGCUAGCACUUCCUACAUUUAUCGGUCAUUUCUCGUUCUAAACUUCUUGUGCUAAACUUGUAGGCAAGAACUGACAAAGAGAUGAAGUCAGAGCUAAGAAAACUUGCUAGGGGCUUUGACCA